CCUCGACACUCACCCCAGCCUCACCUCGACUCCCACUUCCACUCUCAACACGCGAGUGGUUAGGAUCCAGCCUUGCUCCGUUAUGUCACACCCGUGAGCUGUCAAGUGACUGACAACACAGCAACCAUGACUCAUCGUGGAGUGACGUGACUGGGAAGACGCCACUUGUAGGUUCCUGCAGAUUGUUUGUGAUAAUACUGUAACACUAUUAAGAUUGUGGGAUAAACGCAACGUCAGAAACAUCACAGCACAAAUUCUGAACAACAACUAAAGCAGCUUCCAAGAUUGGUGUUUUUUUCCAAGUUGCGAAAUGUUACUUGAAAUAGACUCUUGCUCUGUUGGAGACGCGGGCUCGACGUGCAUUACGUGAUCAGAAGCAUUGCUCUAUAUUUAUCAAAUCAUGAGGCUUGUAGUGACGCCUGUAAAAAGGACGCCCACCUCAAGAAAUGCAACAUGGUGCCGUACAAACUGCAGACCUACGGACCUUCAGAACCUCCGAGCGAUCCAAGCGAGUAUGCUUGCAUCGAGUCUCCCACGUUUAAAUGGAGGACUUGGAGUUCAGUGUGGAGAUCUGCGAACGUGAUUGGCAACACUUUUUUGAAAUGUGCGAGGAGUGUGACUUGCAUCCUCCCUCGCUGGCGACAGCAGACGACUCUGGGCUGAGCGAUUGUGAUCACACAAAGUCCACGCUAGCAGAAAGUGCCCAGGAAGUCUAUCUGACCAGACGCUACUCCCUGGACGCCAUAUCCAACUGCAAGGACUUGGUCAUGGAGACCCAACUUGGUGAACAAGCCGCCGGUGAAAUGGAGAGCAUCCUGUCGGGCAGCGAGGAAGAUAUUCACCUGCAGUCGGUGAAUAUGUUCUUUGAAAGGAUGACGAACCAGGCAAACGUUGGAAAAAGCAAAGAGUCAAAACGGGAGGACGGACUGUGCAGCAAUGGGAUGGAACCCGGCUCAAAGCAGUCUGUCGGAGAUGAAACAAUAUUUGUCAAUGAGAACGACCUUGACAAAAUGAACACCUUUAAAAAAGUCAGGCCUUCUUCUUAUACUUUACAUGGCCUCCCAGCCUGCAGCGCACAGCUCAAGAACGACGGGUCAACUCAUACCGAGUCAUUUAUCGGCAUCCAGACUCAGACUAAAACAAAUGAUACUAAUCCUCACAAACCUGAUGACUCAUUCAACCUUCAUAAGUCACAACAAGGCACAGUCAGCACAAAAGAAGCCAGUGGCCCACCAUCAUCAUUGGCAAUGGCCACCAUGAAAAGGAAGAGGAGGAAAAAGAGAUGCCACGGCAUCGAGUCAACCCAGAGUAGACAUCAGAGGAGCAAUGAUGAGGAGCAGAGUUUAUCUCGAUUUUAUCGCAAUAUAAAGCUGUUGUAUUCAAACGAGCCGCAAAAGACUGACGCGUUAGUCGCAACCAUGGUCCCGUGUGGAGGUACAUGUGAAAGGAGGUUCCGUUGUAGAGAUAGCGAACACAAUGACGAAUUAACGCGUCUCCAGUGCUUUCAUCAUCCAGAUUGUGAAGAUCAAUUCAAUCUAGAAGAUAGAAGACUACAAGUCCAGGCAACCAGUGAGGGUGCAGACUGGGAUGAUGGGGAUGUUAUGGAUGGUGGCCAAGGUGACACCCUAUCUGCUGCUAAGUCCGUCCAGGCUGCAGAGGCUUUACAUUCUGGCAGAGACAAGGGGACGGGAUGUCAAAGACAGGCUGAGACCCAGCAACAGUUGGAGAUGGAAGCUGACAAUUUAGACCAAAAUAGCCAUGAAUUUCUGUUCACAUCUGAUGCGCAGAACUCGACCUUUCCCAACACAGAACUCCAGAAGUGCAAAAUCACUGUGUCUUCAGUAGACGAGACGGUAAGCGAAGUGACCUGCGCUCAAUUAACGGCCAACUUCACGGAAUUAUUAGCUCAUAAAAAGCACCUAUCUGAAAGACCUUCCAGUUUAGCUCUUACGGAAACAGAAUAUCAUGUGGAUAAUCAUAAAUGCGAUGAUGAAGACCGUGAGAUUAGCUCUUUUGUUGGUCCAUUUUCGGAUAACAAAAAGAGAGAAACAAAUCCGGAGUUGCCCUCGUUUGAAGACACAGGGCCAGCGCUGUCUCUAUCCAAUGUAAAUAUUGCUGGUUCUUGUUCAUGUCCCAGUCCAGAUCCGGAUCCAGUUAAUAGAUGUGGCUCAAUCAUGCUCACGCAUCAGGAAGAACCUCACGGCACAGGACAAACAAAGGAUUUCAAGGCUGAAGACGACGAUGUCAUCUCAACAUCACGUGAGCCUGAAUACGUGCCAGAUUCAAAAGAUCCGGUUUUUGUCAUGUCUUCUUUUUGGAGCGAGAUGGAGAAACUGACAAUUAAUGACAUCAUGGGUCUAAGGAAAACGAAUAAGGAGACGGAUGAGAGCAAUCCCAGUCUUUCCUCUCAGUCGGUCGAGUCCAAGACGCUGCCUGCUGGUGAGGACACCAAUGGCGAUUUUGACGCCGUUCCUUCAAAUCCCGAUUCCACUUCUUCAAAGCGUGUACUGUUGUGGGAGAAGGAACCUGUUGAUAUCAUUACUGAGAAAGCGGAGGAGGCACCUUUCAGCGGCUCUCCGAGACACGGAAAUCCUCCACAGGGCCUCCGAAGGAUAUCGAAAAACACAAGCGUGCACAAUCUGAGAGCUUUGGAUUCUCUGGAACCAUGCAGCAAAGCAAAGACAGCACACAUUUUACAAACAUUAGAAGAAUUAGAGGUGAAAGAAGUCAAGAAACACAGUUUAGAUUCGACGCACUGCAAGAGUUUCUCUCUUCAUGACGUAUUUCAGUUCCUCCUUGGUGGAAAACAACAAAUCCACAGCCAGUCAGCGAAAGAUGAUAUCGUCAACUUCAACACGGAUGGAAAAUCAGUCCCUGAAACCUACGAUCAUUUCUUUGCAGAGUUCGGUAUCGAAAAUUUUUUCUACCCUUUCAUUACAGAAGAGAAGCACACAAAGGCGCGUUCAGUCACCUCUGGACAGACAAAGAUGCACUUGGCAGAAGCCUAUGACUAUUUCUUUGCAUGCUCUUCUUCAGACGAUUCUGCAGGGGAAGAAGAAGAAGAGGAAGAGGAAAGCGGCAGUCCGGUGAGGGUGGUAAGCAGGCUUAGCCAAAACUCAAAAAACACUCAAACUUUUACGGACGAUUAUGAGAAUUUCUUUUGUGACAGUGACACGCGAGAGAAUUUCUUUUGGACGGCAACAUUUUCCUUCAGGAAUUUUCAUCUCAGUAGAGGUGCAGUCUGGAACAAGAGGUCAACCCCGUCAUCACUCGGGCAUGCGGGGCGGAAUGUGCAAAAUGCUGCGACUCUCCGUGAUUUAGGACAUACGGGCUUUACUCAUCUGCUCAGCCAACAAAGGGAAAACAGGAUCACCAGAUCAAUUUUGACGCAACUAUUCGGAUAUGAAGACAUGCAAAGAGCUCUUCCAAACCCAAGGACGGAUGUUUCCCUGCUCCGUCUCAGACAAUCGGAUAUGUGUCUGGUCUGUAUUGCAUUCGCUUCCUGGGUGUUGAAGACGGCAAAUCCCCAAGUUGGAGACAUGUGGAAGGCCGUUCUGCUGGCAAACCUAAGUGCUCUGUCAGCCAUUCGGUACCUGCGGAAGGACGUCAAGGUGGAGAUGGCAGCCGGACAGAAGAAACAGCAUCUGACCACACUCAGUGGUACUUGAGUUAUCUAAAUGAUUCAGCACUGAGCUCAAGUUCCUGUAAUUAAUUCCUUUUGAAUUUGUACCAAAACCUCAAACUCUC